GCAGGCGGGCGGUGGUUGCCCCGCGAUCACAGCCACAGUGGGACUGGGGGCGGGGGGCCGGAGGGUUUCUGGGUCACUGUUCCCGAACCGCACUGCCGGGGGCUGGAUUGGGUUCAGGAGCCUCAUCGCCUCCCUGGCACCUUCCCGGCUGCCUUCUGAAGACUUUUACCCCUUCCGGCGCUCCUCCGCGCCCCACCGCGACCCUAGCGCCAGAUACCGCCCCGCCGGCUGCCCGAAGGGUCCAGGCCCCAUUGUCCCGGUCCUCAUCGCGGCCACUGGCCCCUUGAGCGCCAGUUCUCCCUACUCCCCUUCCCAGGCAGGGCCACCAACGCCUCCAGCAGCCGCUCUUCUCUUGUCUGCUCCGUGGAGGUGGUUGGUUACCAUGGUGAAGCUGGCAGCCAAAUGCAUCCUGGCAGGAGACCCCACCGUGGGCAAGACCGCCCUGGUGCAGCUCUUCCGCAGCAACGGGGCCCAUUUCCAGAAGAACUACACCCUGACGACAGGGGUGGAUCUGGUGGUGAAGACAGUGCCAGUCCCUGACACGGGGGACAGUGUGGAACUCUUCAUUUUUGACUCGGCUGGCAAAGAGCUGUUUUCUGAAAUGUUGGAUAAACUGUGGGAGAGUCCCAAUGUCUUGUGUCUUGUCUACGAUGUGACCAACGAGCAGUCCUUCACCAACUGCAGCAAGUGGCUGGAGAAGGCUCGGUCGCAGAUUCCAGGAACCACCCUCCCAGGUGUGCUGGUGGGGAACAAGACAGACCUGGCUGGCAGGCGAGUGGUGGAUGUGGCCCAGGCCCAGGCGUGGGCACUGGGCCAAGGCCUGGAAUGUUUUGAAACAUCUGUGAAGGAGGCGGAAAACUACGACGCCCCCUUCCACUACCUGGCCAGGCAGUUUCACCACCUGUAUCGGGAGAAGCUGGAGGUUUUCCAGGCGCUGGUGUGACCGUUCCCCACCAUGGAGCCCGGCUGUGGGCUCUGUCUCCUCGGAACAUGGGAGAAGAUGGAGCUGCCUGGCACUUCCGGUCUAUCGUGACAGCUUUAAAUAAAAUGAGAAAAU